CAGCCACAGAGCACAGCUCCAGUCUGGGCAUCCAGGAGCAGCUACCGCAUCACAGCCCGUCUGCAUCCCGUUCAGGAUUAGACGCCCCGCGCCGUGACACGACCCAAGACAUGCAAGCGUGCGUGUGCGCGCGUGUGCGUGUGUAGGAGUGUGUGCGUGUCCGUGGUCGGGCAAAUAAACCUGCGGCAUUGGACGGCUCCCCGCGGCGCGCACAGGGGCGCACGGACGGCAGAGGAGCGCGUGCGGCGGGUGGCAUGGAGGAGAGGCGCGCGCGUGUUCCUUCACGGAGGCAUGCCUGCGGGACGUGGCGUGUGACGGACGCGCAGGGACGCCGUGAGCUCGGGUGUUAGCAGGCAGCUGCGCACCGCGCCGCUCCCCCCCCCCAUCCCCGCCCUCUCCGCCCUCCCCAGCGUCGGCGCUCGCCGCGCACCGGCCAUUCGCUGAAACCGGGGACUCGGCUGCACACGCUCCGCCGCGCUCUCUACCGCUGGAGUCCUGCGCGGGGGAUUCGGCACCGCCAGGUACGUGCGACGGCGACGGCGACGGCGAGGGGGUGGGCGUCUGCAUGAGAUGUUCCAUUUUGGGAGGAAGGACACUGGAUUCAAAAGUAUUACUGAUUCUCUACAUGGACUGUGGUUUUAGUUAUUGCGAGCUGUGCCGUCACUGUCAAGAACAGGCUGAUUGUGCUUGGCUUACUACAGCUGUAUUAUCGGACAACCUCUUCUUUCACUACAUGAUAAAAAAAGUCCACUGGAUUGCCAUCCAUGGUUCCUGCCCUAAUCAAGACUAUAUCAUCUUACAUUGAAAAGAUUUGCAAAGGAAUGUUUACAAAGAAAUUGGCAAACCCAAUAAAGAAGAAAGAGAGAAGCGAAAAUAAAGAUCCUAAAUUAACCACUGAUUUGCAAGCACACAAUCUAACUCUCUCUACAACACUGAAGACUACAGUUAAAAAGAUUUCCAAAUGCUCUUCGGCACGUAACAUAUCGCUUGAAGAAGACAACGGAAAGAACGACUGCUCAUCUCUGUCACCCACCUUCAGUUAUCGUGUAGCUAUAGCAAAUGGACUGCCGAAAAACUCUCUAUUUUUGAAUAACAAUGAAAGUAUUUUUCCUGACGUACUUUCAAUUGACAGUAGUUACUCUGACUCCUUAAGUGAGACAAAACCUGUCCGGAGACUGGAUGAGCAUAAAUCACACACCAUGCCAGUACGACGAAACAGGAAGAGCCUCAUCAGUUUGGCUCCCUCUGAUGGCAGUUCUGAGGGUGAACGAGUGGAACGUUCCAGUCUACAUACACUUAGGUUGGGUGCUCUUCGCAAGUUAAGAAAAUGGAAAAAGAGUCAAGAAUGUGUCUCUUCGGACUCCGAGGUCAGCAACUGGAGGAAGACACUAGGUAUUCGUAGCAAGUCUUUGGACCGUGCUGGACGCCAGCAAAAGAGCUCUACCUUGGAGCCUGGCUCCUCCUCCACAGGUUGCAUUAGUCAGACCCAGGAUGUUAUGGAGAUGAUCUUUAAGGAGCUUCAAGGGAUCAGCCAGAUAGAAACAGAACUGUCCGAGCUGCGUGGUCAUGUAAAUGCCCUAAAAAGCUCCAUUGAUGAAAUCUCCAGCAGUGUGGAAGUAGUUCAGAGUGAGAUUGAGCAGCUGCGCUCAGGCUUUGUACAGUCUAGAAGGGAAACACGUGACAUCCAUGACUACAUUAAACAAAUUAGUCAUCAGGCCAAUAAUUCAACUUUGCGUUUCCUCAACGUUCCUGAAGAAAGGUCAGAGAAAACAGAAAGUCUAAUAUACAAGAUACUGAAAGACAAAAUGGGUUUCAUUGAUGCCCAUAAAAUAAUAAAAAUUGAGCUUGCUCAUAGGUUAGGGCAGCAAAGAGAAUGUUCUAAUGCAAAACCCCGCCCCAUUAUUGUUAUUUUUGCAACACCCCAAGAUAGAGAUAUGGUCUUGAAAAAAUGCUACAAACUCAAAGGGACAGGAAUUACAGUGUCUACCGAUAGUUUAACCCAUGACGGAAAAGAGAGAAAAGACAAAACAAUAUCUUCCUCCCAAACAUAUGAAAGCAUGGACAUAAAGGUCUCAGGAAAGGAGUGUAAAGUAGUGGAAAGUGAUGAUUGGGACUCAAUGGACAGUGACAAAGAAUUGGAUGAAUUAAGCAGAAAUAAAUAUGCAAUGGUGAUUUCAAAACCUGUUCACAAGAGCAAAUCAGAGAAGAGGCGAUCCCAUGACCACAGCAGAGCAGGAGAGGAACCAGGCUACUCAGGGGCAGUUCACUAUGCUGAUGACUCUUACUAUGAUGCAGACAAGCAUGCCAAGGCUUACUACUCAGAUUUGACCCCUGGUUGGCUGUCCCAGAGUGACUACUCUACUCCUAAACUUAGCCGCUCUGAGUCUGACUGCUCAAAACUUUGCCAGUCAUACUCUGAAGACUUUUCAGAGAAUCAAUACUUUACACGAGCUAAUGGUUGCUCUUUGCUGUCUUCUUCAGACCAAGAGCUAUGGCAGAGAAAACAAGAAGACAUGGCCUCCUCAUGGUACGCUAGUCCCAGUCAUGCACUCAGCCAUGAAAAUCAAACCUACGAACAUAAUGAGGUUGAAACAACAGAGACUGUUGAUAGCGGUGUCAGCAAUGGCCUUGUCUGUGCGUCUGGGGAUAGAAGCCACUACAGUGGCUCCCAGGUUUCUCUACAAGGUGAUCUGUCACCCUGGAAAGACUGGCAUCAUCUGGAGCAGGGUGCUGACUCUGGGCUGGAAGCCUCCAUAGAAGUUAGUAGUCCCUUUGACCCAUCAACUAUUCCUGGUUUUCCAGAGAACAUCACUAAAUGUCAGGAGGUUGACUUACAAUUUGAAGGGGACGAGGAAUUCAUGAUGCUAGACAGGGAAUCUUCUUUACCGCCCAUAACCACCCACAUCAUUCCUCCCCUUUCGGAGCGAGAGUCUGUUAUGAAAACAUCUACUCGGCAGUCUAAAGAAGGUAGUAAGGUUACAACAAAAGAAAGCACUAAAGUAUCACCUAAAGAUGCCCCUAAACCUGCUGCUAAAGUAACACAUAAACAAACUAAAGCAACUCCUAAAGAAGAACCAACCAAAAUAUUGCCAAAGGAAAGUCCCAAGGUAUCAGCUAAAGUUACACCGAAAGUGACUUCUAAAACAGCUCCUAAAGAGUCAUCUAAAGAAAUACAGAAACCAGCAGCUAAAGAAUCCUAUCAAGUGCUGCCUAAAGACAGUCCUAAACUAAUAUCUAGAGAUCUUACAAAACCCCCAGUUAAAGAGGCAUCUAAAGUAACUUCUAAAGUAGCUCAUAAUGAGCCUGCUGCUAUAGUCUCUCCCAAGAUGAUCCCAAAAGAGAGCCCCAUAUUGACUCCAAAACAAAGUCCAAAAGAUUCACCUAAAGAUAGUCCGAAAAUAACACCAAUCGAGAGCCCUGUGUCAACCCCCAAAGAGUCUCCUAAAGACUCCCCUAAAAUCAUUGGUAAAGAACCUCCAAGAGUUGCAUCUAAAGAUGGUUUGAAAGUUUGUGCUAAAGAGGUUACAGAUGAAACUGCAAAACAACCAGCAAAAGAAGUCCCCAACGAGAUGCCUAAAGUAGUAUCGAAGCAGACUAGUAAAGCAGUCACUAAAGAAGUUCCUAAAAUUCCAACUAAAGAAGGUCCAAAGGCAACCUCUAAAGAGAGUGCCAAAGUUUCCCCAAAAGAUACCCCAGUAGAAGCUGCAAAAGUACCAGCUAAAGUAGCACCUAAGGAAACCCAAAAAACAGUUCCUAAAGAGAAAUUUCCUGAACUUGAUGUCAAUCAUAGUUUUCACCAGACUCAGAGCAAGUCUACAAGCAUGUACCGCAGUCAGAGUGAGAUUCGAACAGAGAAAGUUGAAGAGGUCCCCAAGUCUUGGAGCAGUCGGCUCAGUAUAGAUCUGAGUGAGAAAUCUUUUGGGUUUGGCUUCGGCUCUACACUGCAGAGAGCUAAGUCAGCUCUGGAAGUGGUUUGGAAAUCUGGCUCUCAGAAUACCCCGGCUCCUCCUGAGGAGCCUACAAACUCCUCCUCAUCAUUUAUGGGGCGUUUCCGCACUCUGUCCACCUCUACAGCAAAUAACUCCAAUACAGACUCAGAACUCCACACUGAGCCGGUCUUCUACAAGGCAGAGGAAGCAAAAACGACCACAGAAGCAGAGGCUGGGGACCAAUCGGUGGAUGGCGAAACCCAUUAUGUCGAAGUGAUGGAACAGGUACUGGCAAACUUGGAGCACAGAACUAAUGCUAAUGAAACAGAUGAGCCUGCACAGGAGUGUGAGACUUCUCAGGAUUAUGAUGUGUCUGAUGUCAUUGAUGCUUCUCAAGACAAUGAUGGCGCUCAAGAUCUUGAGGCCUCAAAUGAUUCUGAAGCCACAGAAGAGUAUGAAGCAAGUAAAGAGCCUUGUGUUCUUGAGUAUGACUGCAGUUUGGAUGAGCAGUAUGAUGAAGAGUACAGUGAGGACUACGAAACACAACUUACUGGGGACACUGCUGAGUACGAUGCAAUGGUGGAGUAUGUAGAUGUAGAGGAACCAGAUGAGACAGAGGACAAUGAUGUGACAGAGGAAAUGGAAGAGGGCGAUGAGGAAUUAGAGGAGGUAGAGGAGAUAAUAGAGGAGGUCGCUGAUGUGACUGAAAAAGUGGAGCAACAGCAGGAGGAUGAAAACAAAAAUGUUCCAGAGGAGAAGCCCAUAGAGACCCCACCCAAGAAACGUGUUCGACCCACAUUUAAGGAGGCAGCGCUAAGGGCCUACAGGAAACAGAUGGCUGAACUGGAGCAGCAGAUCCUGGCAGGAGACACCAGUGCUUUGGAUUCUCAGCCUUGCAGUAUAUUGGAUCCCAAAGUGCUCGGCUUGCAGUCUGGAGGGACUGGCAGUAUUCUUUAUGGUAUUGACAGCAUGCCAGAUUUACGACGCAAAAGGACAGUGCCACUUGUCCGAGACCUGGCAGGCAUCUCGUUCGCUCUGGUGAACCGGUCCACCCUGAAUAACGAAGACCUGAAAUUACACGUCUUCAAGAAGACUCUCCAGGCCUUGAUCUACCCAAUAUCAUCCACAACACCUCACAACUUUGAAGUUUGGACAGCAACCGCACCGACCUACUGCCAUGAGUGUGAGGGGCUGCUGUGGGGCAUCGCCCGUCAGGGCAUGCGCUGCUCGGAGUGUGGAGUUAAAUGUCACGAGAAGUGCCAGGAUCUGCUCAACGCAGACUGUCUGCAAAGGGCGGUGGAGAAAAGCUCUAAGCACGGGGCAGAGGACAAGACCCAGAACAUCAUCAUGGCUAUGAAGGAGCGCAUGAAGAUAAGAGAGAAGAACCGUCCGGAGGUGUUUGAGUUGAUCCAAGAGAUGUUUCAGGUCUCCAAAGAGGACUUCACCAGCCAUCUGAAAACAGCCAAGCAGGCUGUCCUUGACGGGACCUCUAAGUGGUCAGCCAAAAUCAGCAUCACAGUCAUGUGUGCUCAGGGCCUACAGGCCAAGGAUAAGACGGGCUCCAGCGACCCGUAUGUCACCGUCCAGGUGGGCAAGACCAAACGCAGGACGAAGACCAUAUUUGGGAACCUCAAUCCAGUCUGGGAUGAGAAGUUCUACUUUGAAUGUCAUAAUGCCACCGACCGCAUCAAGGUGCGUGUGUGGGAUGAGGACGAUGACAUCAAAUCGCGGGUGAAGCAGCACUUCAAGAGAGAGUCGGACGAUUUCCUGGGCCAGACCAUGAUCGAGGUUCGCACUCUCAGUGGAGAAAUGGAUGUUUGGUACAAUCUAGAUAAGAGGACAGACAAAUCAGCUGUCUCUGGUGCCAUUAAACUGAAGAUCAGUGUGGAGAUGAAAGGGGAGGAGAAUGUGGUUCCUCCUCACGGCCAGUACACCUGUUUACAUGAGAACCUCUUCCACUACCUGACUGAGGUGAAGAGCAGCGGUGUGGUGAAGAUCCCGCAGGUGAAAGGGGACGAGGCGUGGAAGGUCUACUUCGACGAUGUGUCUCAGGAGAUAGUGGAUGAGUUCGCAAUGAGAUAUGGAGUGGAGUCCAUCUAUCAGGCGAUGACGCACUUCUCCUGUCUGUCUGCCAAAUACAUGUGUCCCGGCGUGCCAGCAGUAAUGAGCAACCUUCUUGCUAACAUCAACGCCUACUUCGCCCACACCACCACUACAACUACAACUACUGCCUCUGCGUCUGACCGAUUUGCAGCAUCCAACUUUGGGAGGGAGAAAUUUGUCAAAUUACUGGACCAGCUGCAUAACUCACUUAGAAUCGACCUGUCCAAAUAUCGGGACAAUUUCCCUGCAGGAAAUCCAGAGCGUCUCCAGGAUCUGAAGUCCACUGUUGAUCUGCUGACCAGCAUCACCUUCUUCAGAAUGAAGGUCCAAGAGCUUCAGAGUCCACCGAGAGCAAGUAUGGUGGUGAAGGACUGCGUGAAGGCGUGCCUGGACUCCACGUACAAAUACAUUUUUGACAACUGUCAUGAACUAUACAAUCAACUCCUCGACCAGAGUCGUAAGCAGGACAUUACCCGUGAGGAGCAGGGUCCAUCCAUAAAGAACCUGGAGUUCUGGCCAAAACUGAUCACCCUCAUGGUUUCUGUGAUAGAUGAAGACCGGACAGCGUACACCCCAGUUAUUAAUCAGUUUCCACAGGAGCUGAAUGCGGGCAAGAUCAGCGCCGAGAUCAUGUGGACCCUUUUUGCCCUGGAUAUGAAGUACGCGAUGGAAGAGCAUGACAAGCACCGCCUGUGCAAAAGCACUGAAUAUAUGAAUCUUCACUUCAAAGUCAAAUGGUUCUAUAACGAGUACGUCCGUGACCUGCCGUCUUUCAAGGAUGUUCCCCCUGAAUAUUCUCUGUGGUUUGAGCCAUUUGUCAUUCAGUGGCUGGAUGAGAACGAGGAUGUUGCCAUGGAUUUUCUUAAUGGCGCCCUGGAAAGAGAUAAAAAAGAUGGUUUCCAGCAAACCUCGGAGCAUGCCCUCUUUUCCUGCUCGGUGGUGGACGUGUUCACUCAACUAAACCAGAGUUUUGAGAUAAUCAAGAAGUUGGAGUGUCCGAACCCACAGGCUCUGGCUCACUUCAUGUGCCGCUUUGCGAAGACUAUCAACAAAGUUCUUCUGCAGUAUGCUGCAAUCAUAUCCAAGGACUUUCCUUUGCACCUCAAUAAGGAGAACGUGCCCUGCAUUAUCCUCAACAACAUCCAGCAGCUCCGUGUUCAACUGGAGAAGAUGUUUGAGUCCAUGGGAGGCAAACAGGAGGAGGGGGUUGUGUCCUUCUGUAAGCUGGAUGCAGAGGCCAGUGAUCUUCUAAAGGAGCUGCAGAAUAAACUCAACACGGUACUGGAUGAGCUCAGCGGAGUCUUCGGCUCAAGUUUCAAGCCUGUGAUUGAGGACUGCGUGAAGCAGAUGAACCAGGAGCUGGUCCAGAUGAAGGGUCCGGCCAAAGGGAGCAACGCUGCCAUGGACGCCGAGACUGUCCUCCGGCCCCUCAUGGACCUUCUAGAUAAAAAUUUGAUGUUAUUUGCCAAAAUUUGUGAGAAGACAGUGCUGAAGCGAGUCCUCAAAGAGCUAUGGAAAAUCGUGCUGAAUACCAUCGAGAGAACAGUUGUUCUGCCUCCGCUGAGUGACCAGAGUCAAGGAGCUCAGAUGAUCUUCAGUGCUGCCAAGGACUUGGGACAGCUGUCCAAGCUGAAGGAGCAUGUAAUUCGAGAGGAAGCCAGAAGUUUGACUCCACGCCAAUGUGCAGCCAUGGACCUUGUGCUUCCUACCAUCAAGCAAUAUUUCCAUGCUGGAGGAAACGGGCUGAAGAAAACAUUCCUUGAAAAGAGCCCCGAUAUGAAGUCCCUCAAAUAUGCUCUUAGCCUUUACACUCAACCUACAGAUGCCUUGAUAAAGAAAUAUAUAUGCACCCAAACCUCUCAAGGUCAGUCAUCAAACGGAUCAGUGGGGGAGGUGUCGAUGCAAGUGAAUCUCAUCUCUCACCCUGGCACCGGAGAGCACAAAGUCAGCGUGAAGGUGAUUGCAGUGAACAACCUCAUCUGGCAGACCAACGCUAUGUUCCGUCCGUUUGUAGAGGUCAACGCUGUGGGACCACACCUGGCUGACAAGAAGCGCAAAUUCAGCACCAAGACCAAGAACAACAACUGGUCGCCAAAAUACAAUGAAACAUUCCAGUAUGUUCUAAGCAACGAACACGGUCCGGAGGCCUACGAGCUGCACGUCUCGGUGAAGGACUACUGCUUUGCCCGCGAGGACCGCAUCAUCGGCAUGACGGUCAUCCAGCUGCGGGAGCUGGCGGACAAGGGCAGCUGCUCGGCCUGCUACCCCCUGGUGAGGAGCGUCUCCAUGGACGAAACGGGCCUCACCAUCAUGAGGAUACUCUCUCAACGGACCCACGACGAGGUGGCCAAGGAGUUUGUGCGUCUCAAGACGGACACGCGCUCGGCAGAGGAAGUGUCGUAAUGCGGCGCGAAGGCGAGCGCUUUGUUGUCUUAAGCCAGAGAGGGGAGCAGAGCAGUGGCAGCAGUCGUCCUUUCAGAAUAAAGGUUGGUGAAUGAGAUUGUCCAAAGAGAAGAGGAAUUGGCCCAGAUCUGGUGAGGCGAGAAAGUCAGAGAAAGAGAGAGAGUUGUGUUUGUUUGUUUGUUUUUGUGCAUGUGCGUAAAACAUCUGUUGGAAUGUUCAUUUUAAAACUACAGUAUGUAAAAGUGUUUACUUACCGUAUGCUUACUAUUAAGUACUAUAUUCUACGAGUUAUGUUAACAAGACAUGGGAUACCUUUUGUACAACAACAUUUAGUCUUUUUGAACAGAGAUUUGUUCCAAUAAAGUGCCAAACCAGUGAAAAAAGAACAAAACUAACGUAAAUGAAAUAUGGUGAACUUAGUAUGUUUCCAAUUUGCUAGAUUAUUUUGUCCGGUGUGAGUCAUUUUCUGACCGUGUGGCGUUUCGAUUGUUGCUGCGUCUUUUCGGUUUGCACCCCUGUUUUUUGGCUUCACGUUCUUCCACACAGCACUGUUGUGCAUGUCCUCUUCUCAGUCACGUCUCUCCCAUGAUUCCACAGUGACCACCAAGCAGGGUCCUGUCCCUUGCCUUGAAACUGUUUGUAUUUUAAGUCGACCUGAAAAUAGACCAUGUUUUCUUAAAUGGCGAUGACUGCUACGUAAACCUUCAUAGGUGUUUGUAAUUUUAUAACCAUGACAACAAUGACGACGGCCUCCAGUGCUAACAGUCUUGGCAGAAAGGAUGGAAAUGUUCUCUUUUUCUUUGGCUUUGGGUUCCUUUUUUUUCGGCUCUCGGCUUCCAGCCUUUCUGAAUGACCACUGUGAACAUGAGCUUUGGAAGGCAAGCUUACAUGACAUUGCUGACAGUUUGAUAUUGUUUCAUAUUUUCCGAUAACUUUGUUCCUGAGAAACUGCCAAAGUUAUAUAAAAUAUUUGUACAAAAGCAAUCCAUUAUAUGUAUGAAGAUAUAUAUGUACAUGUGAUCUAUUACUUUUUCAAUGCUUAAUAUUUGAUUGUUGAUAGGGUGGUACUAAAAUUUUAUUUUUUUUAUUUCCUGUGAAGCUGGUAACCAAUAGAAAAGUUCCACGUUACUUUAUAUUAGUUAUAUCAGCUUCUGUCACUGGAAUUAUUUUUCUUCAUGAAGGAAAGAGUCUAACAUUUGGUAAAUAUGCAACAUUCCUAUGUAUUGCACUGAUGGCGAAUUGUAUGUCAUGUAAAUAUAUUUAGUGAGAUAUUGUAUAAAAGUCUACUUUUCUUCCGUGUGCAUAAAGUAUGUGCAAAUGUG